CCCAGCCGCGCGUCCCUCCCGCUGCCUGAGCCCGGGCGCCGCGGCUAGGAUCCGACAGACGACAGAGCUGCGGACGGACGCGCGGACCAGGAGAGCAACAGGCCUUGGAGUCAGGCCACCCAGGCCUCCAGCGCCAGCCGUGACCGAGGACACCAUGAGCCAGUUGGGGUCCAUGAGCUGCUGCCCUGGUGCUGCCAAUGGCAGCCUGGGCCGGUCCGACGGUGUGGCCAAGAUGAGUGCCAAGGACCUGUUUGAACAGAGGAAGAAGUACUCCAACUCCAACAUCAUCAUGCACGAGACCUCCCAGUACCACGUCCAGCACCUAGCCACGUUCAUCAUGGACAAGAGUGAGGCCAUCGCGUCUGUGGAGGACGCCAUCCGGAAACUGGUGCAGCUGAGCUCCAAGGAGAAGGUCUGGACACAGGAGAUGCUGCUGCAAGUCAACGACCAGUCACUGCGGCUGCUGGACGUGGAGUCCCAGGUGCGGUGGCUGCGGGGCCCAGCGGGCCUCUGCCCCCCACCCCCCUGCAGGGGCCACCGGGAGAAGAUCCGGCAGCGGCAGUCGGUCCUGCCCGCCCCCAGGGGCCCGGCCCCCAUCCCCUUCCAGCGCCGCGGCGGUGACUCUCCGUCCAACAAGAACCGGGUGGGCCCGCCCGUGCCACUCAGCGAGCCGGGCUUCCGCCGUCGGGAGUCGCAGGACGAGGAGCCGCGGACCCUGCUGGCUCAGAAGAUAGAGAAGGAAACGCAAAUCCUCAACUCUGCCCUGGACGACAUCGAGUGGUUCGUGGCCCGGCUGCAGAAGGCGGCCGAAGCUUUCAAACAGCUGAACCAACGCAAGAAGGGGAAGAAGAAGGGCAAGAAGGGGCCUGCCGAGGGCGUCCUUACGCUCCGGGCACGGCCCCCGUCCGAGGCCGAGUUUGUCGACUGUUUUCAGAAAAUCAAGCUGGCUAUCAACCUGCUUGCCAAGCUGCAGAAGCACAUCCAGAACCCCAGCGCAGCGGAACUGGUGCACUUCCUCUUCGGACCGCUGGACCUGAUCGUCGGCACCUGUGGGGGCCCAGACAUCGCGUGCUCCGUCUCCAGCCCCAUGCUUUCCCGUGAUGCCGUGGGCUUCCUGCGAGGCCACCUAGUCCCCAAGGAGACGACGCUGUGGGAGUCACUGGGGGAGACGUGGACACGCCCCCGCUCUGAGUGGCCACGGGAGCAGCAGGUACCCCUCUACGUGCCCAAGUUCCACAGCGGCUGGGAGCCACCCCUGGACGUGCUGCAGGAGGCUCCCUGGGAAGUGGAGGGGCUGGCGCCUGCCCCAGAUGAUGAGCCGACUCCAGUGAGCCGACCAUCCUUUCGACACUCCCCAAAACACAGCCUCACAUCUGAGCCCACACCUCCGGGGGACACCCUUCCAUCAGUCGGCUCCCCGCACGCUCACAGGGUCUACGAACCUGUACUCAGCAUGGCCAAGUACGUCAGGGUCCUCUAUGACUUCACGGCCCGGAACGCCAACGAGCUGUCCGUGCUCAAGGACGAGAUCCUGGAGGUGCUGGAAGAUGGCCACCAGUGGUGGAAGCUUCGGAAUCGCAGCGGCCAGUCCGGCUACGUCCCCGGCAACAUCCUGGACGAGGCUCGGCUAGAGGACGUGGCCCUGGAGCAGGCCAAUCUGAAAUACUGGGGUCCUGCCAGCCCCACCCACAAGCUGCCCCCAGGCUUCGCAGGGAACAAAGAAGAGCUGAUCCACCACAUGGACGAGGUCAAUGACGAGCUCAUCAAGAAGAUCAGCAAUAUCAAAGCGCAGCCGCAGCGGCACUUCCGCGUGGAGCGCAGCCAGCCCGUGGGCUUGCCGCUCACCUACGAGUCCGACCCGGACCAGGUCCGCGCGUGGCUGGAAGCCAAGGGCUUCAGCCCGCGCAUCGUGGAGAACCUGGGCAUUCUGACCGGGCCCCAGCUCUUCUCCCUCAACAAGGAGGAGCUGAAGAAGGUGUGCGGCGAGGAGGGCGCCCGCGUGUACAGCCAGCUCGCCGUGCAGAAGGCCAACCUGGAGAAGCAUCAAGGCGGCUCGGAGCUGGAGGAACUCAUGAGCAAGUUUCAUUCCAAGAACCAGAGGAGAGCGGAGGAAGACAGCUAGAGCCAGCAGCAGGGCCCGCGGCGGGGCGGGCCUGCGCAGGGCCCGGCCCCCAGUGCAUGGAGGAGUAUUUUUCUACGUGUGUAUAUUUUGUACCGUGGACAGGGGAGGUGGGCGGUGCUGGCUGGGGGCGCCUCACCUGCCUCAUGGCACGUGGCCUGCCCCGAGGCUCAGCAGCACCUCGCCGGAGCAUCUGUCUGCCCCAAGACCCUCUUCCGCCAAACUAGCCGCCUGGAGAUGCCAGCCCCUCAGGGACUGUCCCCGAAGCCAGAGCCCAGGCUUUUCCCGCCCUGCCCUGCCCCUUCCCAGCUUUGGGACCCUUUCCCUGAGGCUGCAGAACCCCCAGGAGGCCGCCAGGGACUUUCCUUUGGCCCCCCCAUUCCCAAGUUCCUCCUGACGCUUGUGACCCUGGCCCCAACCCCAUGCCCUUGGCUGCUACUUGUCACGUGCCUGCAGAUGGGCUGGGAGCCAGACGCUGGG